AUGAGAGAUGAAUGUACGUACAAUGAAAUAAUACCACUACGAAAGCGUGCUCCUUCGAUUGUAUUGUAUAGAGCAUACAAAAUUACAAGGACCAGAUACCAAGUAAACAUGCCGAAAUAUAAGUUAAUUUGUGGCCGUUAUAAUUCGAAUUUUAAUAAUGAGAAAGAACUAGUGGAACAUCUAAACACUUUUAUAGUUGUGCAUUUAGAUCCUAUAAGUGGUAACGUCAAUGUGCAAAUUCCGACGAAUUUCUUUUCAAAGUGUGCUUUGGCACCUGUUAUCGGUGGCAAAAUGGCAGCGAUAACUGAUUAUAACAGAUGA